AUGGAACUGUUUGCUGUGGCGGAGGUGGUGGAGAGACUGAUCAUGAAGAAUCCUUCGCAAUACCCAUGGAGUGCCGAAGUAAAGAGUCUGCCUGACGAGUUGAAGAGAUGCAAUUCACCGGAGAUGCUACUACGCAGCAAACCGUCCGAGCAAUUGGGGGAUGAGGGCGAAUUGAAGAUGCUGGUUAACGCGGCCAACAAGACUGCUUAUCAUAAUCUAGAAUCGUCCAUGAUCUAA